AGACACCGCCGCUGCAGAACACAUAAGCUGCGACAUCGCGGAGUGUUUAAAGAAAACUGAAAAUGAAUUCCCUUCUCUUCUUCUCGUGUUUGGGGACUUUAGUCGCAGGUGACAUUUAUAUGCACAAUCCAAGAGGAAGCAACAAUCGUCUUAAUGAAGCUCGGAGAGAGAGAAAUAAUGCAAACAGGUUAUUUGACUCGCAGAACAAUAACCGUGGUGGAUACAAUGUUGGAAAGUUGUAUUAUUAUGAAGGCUCAGUCUUGUCUAUUGAGUGGACAAAUCAACAUUCUUGUGCAGACCCUAACAACCAUUGUGAUACGAUUUUACAGUACAUGUGUGGGGAUGAUGUACGCGAUGGAAUCACUACACAAACCAUUCCAGACAAUCCUGCAUUGUGCCAGAAUUAUGACUGCAACAGUGAUGUUAGAUUUGGGAUGCAUGAGGACUAUGAUUAUUACAUGGAUUGUAAAUACAGGGACAGAAACAAAGGUCUUUUUACUGCUGAUCAGAAGCUGAAGAGGUUAUCUGCCACUGCAACCAGGCAAAACCCUGGGGGAACGAGGCGUGGCUAUGAAUGUCCUGAAGAGAGAGACUAUUACCCUUAUUGGCACCCCACCCCAUGGAAGGACAUUGCCGUGUUAACCAAUGAUAUUUCGAGAUGUGGAUUGUACCAGUCAGAAAGCCAGAAUGUGAAAGAUCGCUACGCUUGCGAAUUACCCAAAGAAUACCUGAAGGCUAAGAGAUGGAGGAAUUACAGGAUACCAAACAACGAGGAGGAAUGCAAGGCAUUAAAUGCAACGUGGAAGAGGUUCCCGUCACAUGGCCUCGAUGCUCCAGAGUGCCGGGAAUCCGCCUGGUCACGUGACAAUCACCUUGGCAACGGAAUGGGUGGUUACGCCAAUAACUAUAACUGGACGCUACCCAAGUUGAAUCACGAAAAUUGCGUCUUGCGAAUAAGGUACAAUAUUUCCACUGGCGAUUAUGACGGUUGGGACUCCUCAGUAAACAGCUCCGUGAAUGGAAUAAAGCUUGACGUGGGAGAGAAGUACGGAAUGAACAAGACAGUGGCAGCCCAAAGAGGUUACGUCUACAAACAGAAUCCUAUAGUAAAACUGUUCCCGUCUUUUGAUUUGAAGCUCAGAUUAGCAAUUAAUACAAAUCAAUACGGCCGAGUUUUUCAAGACAGGUCCCACACAUUUGCAGUACGCCCCCGGCCAUCUGAUCUGGAAGGUGUCCAUAUUCACAAUUUGAAUGUUCGUGGGAAGCGCGGUAACAUUGUUCAAGUUUAUCCCGGCGUAGAGUACGACUUUUUUCCCAACUCCAUGUUUGUGAAAGAUGGUGACUACAUCCACUUUCAGUGGACUGGUUCAAACUCGAACCCUAAUAACAACGAUGGCCAGGGAAAAGCCGGAACAGACCGAUCAAACGUGGUCCUAUUGAAAGAGAACGAAUGGCGUAGAAACUACCCGCCACAUCUGGACAGUACCACCUUUUUAGGUCUGGAUAAGAACAGUCUGCAUAACCUGGCGGUCUUAGACAAUAGUCAGUUUGGAGGUGACAUGUCAGAGCUGGACGAUGCCGGAACAUAUUUUGACUUGGGACCAAAGAAAGUGACUGGAACAGGAACAUAUCAUUACAUGAGCACCAGAAACAACAACUUUUCAAAUCGCAGCCAGAAAGGAAAGAUCAUUAUCUCAAACACAGAGCGAAUCGAGAAAAUGAUCGGCAGAACUGGCGGAAAGCUAGUGUUUAGUGAUGGUCAGCAUGUGACCUUUGAGGCAGAGGCUCUAUCUCAGUUACAGCCAAUCAGUGUCGAGCUUAUGUCGGCAGAAGAUGGCGACAAAAUGAUCGAGGAGAGAGGAGGUAGAAUGGGUGUUGGUAGUGGGUACGCGAGCGCCUUUUUAGCUGUGAACCCACACUCGUUAGAGACGAACAAAAAGUUCAAAAUCGGAAUGAAGAUUGAUUCCAGUGCAGCGUCUAAAGUGCAGUUUUAUCGUUCCUCCGACGAUAUGGAUCUAAAAACUUGGUACAAAGUGGACUCUACCAUUUCAGACGACUUUGCCACAGUAGAGACAGAUAAAGGCGGAAUCUACGUGGCACGAACCGUGCCUGACAAAGCCGCUAUAGCCGGGAUAGUGAUCAUGUGUCUUGUUAUCGUGAUUGCGAUUGGUGGAUCAGUAUUUUACUUCAGACGUCACCCAGACAAAUGGCAGAAUCUUAAGACAUCUGUUGUGAAUGGAUGCCGCUCGUGCAAAGGCAAAGUUUGAUCAAAUAUGAGAUUAGAAGAAGUUAUUUAACGGGUUUUUGUUCCGUAUGAAACUCAGGAUUAACGUUGUCAUUUGCAAUCUGUGUAAAUCUGCCUUUCUUUUCCAUCCGUGUUCUAUUUGUGUUGAUCCCUAUUUAGCUUGUGAUCAGGCCCUCAUUAUCAUCGGUGCAAGACGUGCGUUUCUCCGCCCGCGGGAAGACUUGAGACGAGUCGGGGAGAGGUCUGGUACUAAUUAUCAGUGUUAGACCCCGUGCACAUCUCGUACUUUCCGCGAGCGAAGAAAUGCCUGUGCCGAAGCGCUAAUAAUGAGGACCUGCACUACGCCAUGUUGUUUUUCUAUCUGACCAAACUACUCUUUAACAGUUAACCUCUCGCUGAGUGAAGUUUUCUGCGCCUCUGAGUUGAAACGGUUCAAAAUCUCGUUGCGUAGCUUCUUGGCAGACAAAUAAAGGAAUAAUGCAGUGUCUGAAUGGAAAGUUUUCGAAUUCAUUGUCUUAAUUGUUACUGAUAGAGUUUAGAAAAAGUAUUUAAUUGUUAAAUGGUUUCCUAAAGAGUAUAUAUCCGAAUUGAAAUAUUGAUAUAAAGCACCUAUAGUGAUUUGGAGUCUUAAAUUAAGUUUACACAACGGCCAACCAGAACCAGAAAGAUUAUCACAAACUUGCGAACAAUGAGAUUUGUAAACUUUUAGUUAUCUUGAGACGAGGAGCUUUUGUGCACAUGCGCUUGAUAUUUUGUCGCGCCUGCGCAAACUAUGUUAGCCACGCUCUGUUCACGUGCUGCAGCAUUGGCAGGCUCAAAAACAACAGCGUUAGAAUUUCGUCAGUCAUGCGCAAUCAUUAUUUUAACGAGGUCCCUGGUUGUUAUCAGUGGGUUAUUGAAGUAUCAUGCGAAUGUGUGCAAAGGUUCAUUUCAGAUUGAGAAAAAUGUAAAGUUUACCACAGUUUCGUAGGUUCAUGUGUUUGAUCAGAUCAGAGUUUCAAAGUUUUUUUGUAUGAAUACUUAAAUUCAAGAUUGCGAUUGUCAUACGAUGUAAAUAUUAAAUCAACAGAUAAGUGUUGAAUAAAUUUUAUGUAAUUUUGACAAAUAUUAACUUUGUGGUCAGAAUUGACGAGGUUGCUGGUUCAACCUCCCCAACCAUGAGAUUACAAUUCCUUCGUCGAAUUUUUAAGAUGUUUUUUAUGGACUUGACUUGGAGUGGUUUUUUUAUUAUUAUUUGUUA